AUGGAAGGCCUUAUGAGGAUGCCACAAUGGAAUUCCGUCUGCCACAUCACUAAGUUCCGUUUAACGGAGAAGGACUCACUUCACGAAAUCAAGCCAAGUUCAAUUUUCAGUUCAUGCAUUUGUGGGACUUCCACGAAGUUUGAGACACACGGUGAUUGCAAUCUCUUUGGAAGUAUUGCGGAGAAAUCAGUGAGCAAUGCAAUAGAAACCAUCGACAUUGGCAUACUCGUUCUAGGAAUCAAGUUUGUUAACAACCUUUUCUCCAUCUGUUACAAGGAAUCUGCAUCUUAUACCAUGGUCAUGCCAUUUUGGAUAGCACUUGCACUCUCAUAUAUUUGCAUGUCAAACUGAACAAUUCCUUAACUUUUAGCGUUUGAAACCUGUUUGAAGGGAAGAAGCACGUUUAGACUUUUUGAAAGUUUUAAUUUUUGGUUUGGUAAUUUUUUUUAUGAACG